CUGGGACAAUUUUUAUACUAGUUUGGGUAUUUGCCAUAAGUAAGAAUUCACUGGGCCAAGAAGAGUGGAACAAAGCAUGAUCAUAAUAGUAAAAGCAUCAAGGAGUCUCCCAUGCUCUGUCUAAUCCAUUCAAUUUCCUGCUAAAAUAGAAUUCCUCGCAUCGCUGUCAGCCCUUCAGGUCAGCACAGAGCAGCAGUCUCCUUUAUCUCUUCUGCAGACUUCCCACUUUGGAACUCCCAAAGAGUGGCCAGCAGUGACCAAGACGGGUUCUCUUCUGCUGUGUGGCUCAUGAAACUGGAAGGCUGGCCGCGUGCUUCUGGUUGCCAUGGAAAUGACCAGGGCCACUGGCCUUCUGAAAACGGAAAAGAACAGCAAGUGCAAGAAGAGGCCUUCCGUGCUUCCUGCCCGGCAGAUUACACCAGCUGUCAAGCCUGAGUGAAGGCUCAGUCCGGGCGUGGAGGCGACAACCUGGCAGUGGAACUCUGAGAUGGCUAGCAAAGUGCCUGCCACCUGGGAAACUCCCCGUGAGCAAUUGUUGGAUGGACGGAUGGAUGACAUCAUGACUGCUGUGAACCAAUGUCUCGCCUCCGGUUCAGGUGAGUUUCAAUGAAUCGGCUCAUGAAGGGGAACCUGGCCGGCCCACGCUGAGAUGAGAAUGGCACCUCCUCCUGGGCAUAGCUUCUUUCUGAUUAGCGCGCUGGGCGUCUUUGCACUUGACUGCUUCACCAGGGCUCAGAGGAACGGCACGCUCAUUUUCACCAAGGAAAACACCAUUCGGAAGUGCAUCUGCUCAGCAGACGUCCGGGACUGUGACUACAGUUUGGCCAACCUGAUGUGCAGCUGUAAAACCAUGCUGCCUCUUGCCAUAGAGCAAACGAGCUACAGUGACCGUCUGACCAUCUGGUUCACAGACACGUCUGCACUGGGGCUUCUGCUGAACUUCACGCUGGUCCGGGACCUGAAGCUUUCCCUAUGCAGUACCAACACUCUCCCCACUGAGUACCUGGCUGUUUGCGGUCUGGAGAGGCUUCGGGUCAGCAUGGAGGCCAAGCAUCCCUCCCCUGAACAGAGUUUACUCAUCCACGACGGUAGGGAGAGCGAAUCCAGAGAGAAGCCCACGUUGUUACAGCAAGGCUGGCAAACCUGUACGUAUAUCUCCUUUUUAGAUAUGGCACUGUUCAACAGGGAGUCCACCUUAAAAUCAUACAGUGUUGCAAACUCUGCCAGCCUGGCCAACAACUUCCCCUACUUUUCCCACCUUAAAACCUUCCCAAUUCUAAACAACAAAAGCUAUGUUGUCACAUUCAUUUACUAACAUCGUAUCUGUGCCCAUCCUCUGGGGACUUUGGCACCUGCUGGAUCAUCUCAACAAGGGAUCUAUGAACAAGGUCAUGGGUAUUCCUAGCCUCAACUUCACCUCUCCCCCAGCCUCCUUUCACACAGAGCCAGCCUGCUCCACCCAUGCCUGGCCCUGGGAAAGCAAAAUAAAAAUAAUCAAAAAACCUACUUGAUUCAGUCUAGAAGCAUAUGUUGGGGGCCAGCUAGAGGCUAGGUUUUUGCUACUAAGGGAGGGUAGGGAAAUGUCAAAUCAGUGCACCCCAAGGACUGCUUGGUGGAGCUCAGCAGAGGGGAUGAACCCUAAAGAAAGGGUCUUCCAGGACUUCCCUGGUGAUGCAGUGGCUGAGACUUGCCUGUCAAUGCAGGGGGUGCCAGUUUGAUCCCUGGUCAGGGAACUAAGAUCCCACAUGCCUCAUGGCCAAAAAACCAAAAUAUAAAACAGAAGCAAGGUGUAACAAAUUCAAUAAAGACUUUUAAAAAAUGAAAGAGAACUGAAAGUGUUAGUCACUUAGGCCUGUCUGACUCUCUGCGACCAGUGGACUGUAGCCCACCAGGCUCCUCUAGCCAUGGACUUCUCCAGGCAAGAACACUGGAAUAUGUAGCCAUUUCUUUCUCCAGGGGAUCUUCUCGACCCAGGGAUCAAACUUGGGCCUCCUGUAACAGGCAGAUUCUUUACCAUCUGCCAUCUGAGCCACCAAGGAAGCCCUUAAAAAAAAAAAAAAAAAAUCCACACUCAAAAAAAAAAGAAAAGCAUUUUCCUUCAAAACGUUGCUAAAAAGCAAUUCUCCCCCCCUUCAUGUUUUUACAUAGGCUGGAAUUCCCCUAUGUAGAGAAUGACAGACUUCAGUGGUUUUGGGACAAGGAGCCCCUCAAAAUAAUUAGGUCCUUAGACUGGUAUUUUCCAAACAUCUCGUAAAGCACAUUCACACUGAGAAAGGGAAGUCUCAUGAGUGUGUUCAGUGGCGGGGAGUGGGGGACAGUGGUGGGGAGGGAGGGUUGGAGCCUGGCCGAUAUGGUGGAACCUUAGGGCUGAAUGAGAACACCAGGGUCCCGAGAGGGGGAGGUGCAGAAAUGAAAAUUGGAAGUCACAAAAACCAAGUGCAUUGGGGUUUUUGUUGCUGAGAACAAGGCCUAAAUCCAGGGAAAGCUUUCUCCUUCUAGCCCUUCUCUUUUUUCUCUUGCCUUGCCACCUUCUAUCUUUGGCCCGGCUAUACCACUUCCCCAUUGUUCCUCUCCUCCUCCUUCUCCUGCUCCAGAAAUCAGAACUUAGAUUAAUACCACUGGAGCUGUGUUUGACUACAUGAGGGGCUAGCCUGGGAAUGUAAUAACCCCUUUAUAACACUAUUCGCAUGGGUAAACACAUCCAGAUUACUGAUAGAUAAUUAACAGGAGAACUUUUAGGGCUCAGUCCAUCUGGAAGUUUAAGACUGGAAAGUGAAGACACUCUGUAUGAUGGGGUUAACAUAAAAUGCUUUUAUAUGUGUUCAUACAAAGAACUAAGGGAGUGUUUUUCAUUAAUUUUCACUGGAGGAUAGUUGCUUUACAAAGUUGUGUCAGCUUCUGCUUCAGCAAAGUGAGUCAGCCACACACACGCAUAUAUCCUCUCUUUGGAUUUCCUUCCCGCCUAGGUGACCAGAGAGCGCUGAGUAGGGCUCGGCAGCUGUGCAAUGGAUUUUCACUAGUUAUCUAUUCUACAUAUAGUAUCAACUUUUUUUUUAAUUAAACUGACUCAUUAUUGGACAAAGAAAAUUAUCCCUCACAGAGACCCAACUCAAUGUUAAAGUGGAAUAUAAAGAGUUUGUGGCAAUUAUGGUACAAACAUCUAAAUUCAGAGUGCAAAAAGUUGGAACAUGUUGAAUGUAUGAUACCAUAAUGAUAAGAAAUAGCUUUACCAUGAAAUAACACACAUUUUUCUCUUAGCCUUAACACCAGGUAGCUGAAAUAACCUGAAAUGUCUCCAUUUGCUUAACUGGUGAGAGAUUUGGCCACUCAGACUAAUUAGCAUGCAUCUAUAAUGUUAGUGUUUAAAUUAGGCCAGAACUAAGACCAAGAUACCAAUUUUAAUAGAAAAAUGUAAUGACCUUAUUACUGACAUUGUAUGUGAGAGGUAAGAUUAAAGUGGUAGAAAAAGACAAAUAAGGAAUAAAGAGAGAAAGAACGGCAAGAAGGGUAUAGAUGAAAAGAUUAAUAUUAAAUAUAUUUACUGUCAUUAGUUACUGAAAAUGUAACAAAUGGAAUUUUAAUAAUUUUUAUUAAUAAAGUAUAAAAUUUACCGA